AUGUUUUUCUCCUUAUACGAAUUGCCAGUUGCGCAUAGUUUUGUUUCAAUUGACGGAAAUCCCAAUGAUUUUACCCUGAUUUUCUUCGGGCAAUCUCUUAAAAAAGCGUGCGAACAAUCAUUUGGCCAAUCACUAAUCGAAGAGCGUCGUCCUAUUCUGGUUUAUAUUUACGGCGAGGGAUCUAUUCAGCUAAACGAAAGUUUUCGUAAAUCUAUAUGCUGUUCAGAAAUUAUAUGGAUGUACUUAAACAUGGAGUAUAUCGUUUGGCCGUGGAAGUUUACUUGCGAAACAGCUGAAAUGUAG